UGCGUGUGAGUAUUUAGUUAAGGUUGUUUCCAUAAUAGAUGGAUGAGAGUUGAGAGUGUGGGCGGGAGGGGAGGUUUAUAAGUAAGCAAAAUUACAUUUGUUUCCUUCAACAAAAUCUCACAUUAAUAAAAUCUGGCUUAAACACUAGUAUUAGAUUGAGCAUUAUUAAUCAAAAAAGCUCCUGGAAUUUUCUUCAACAACGUCAAUCCAAUACAUAGAGAGAGAGAGAGAGAGAUGGGGAAUCGGAAAGUGAAAUGGACAUCAGAGGAAGAAGAAGCCCUAAAAGCAGGUGUAGCCAAACACGGCACAGGAAGAUGGAAGAAUAUACUAAGGGAUCCUCAAUUCGCUCCUCUUUUGACUAAUCGCUCUAACAUCGACCUCAAGGACAAAUGGCGAAAUAUGUGUAUUUACACUGCUGCGCAAGGCCAAGGGUCUAAAGAUAAAUCUAGAUCUGCUCGUGCAAGACCAGUGGCAAUAGAUGCACGUGUGCCUUCUACUGCUCAAAGUUUUCAGGCUAUUACUUCAGCAUUGGAGAAUGAAGCCAUUGAUGAUUCUCCGAGAAGCCCACAGGAAGGCUCGAAUGCUCCAAAGUAUAAAGAUAUGAUCUUUGAAGCUCUGUCAUCCAUGAAGGGUUCAUAUGGAUCUGAUCUUGGUGCCAUUGUGGGAUUUAUUGAGCAACGACAUGAAGUACCACAAAAUUUUAGAAAGUUAUUGAGUUCCAAGUUGAGAAGACUUGUUUUGCAAGGAAAACUUGAAAAGGUCCAGAACUGCUAUAAGAUUAAAGAUGCAACAUUAGAAACCAAAACACCCACUCCAAUACAAAGAGAUGUCCGGUCAUUGCCAGCUCCAAAUUCAGCUGUAAAAGUCUCCUGUGAAACAGCUGAAGAAGCUGCUAGGAUUGCUGCUGACAAGAUUGUUGAUGCAGAAAAUAAGUCUUAUUUGGAAGCUGAAGCAGUUAAAGAUGCAGAAAUGAAGUCAAAAAUGGCUGACGAUGCAGAGACAAUGUUACAACUUGUCAAAGAGAUCUAUGAACAAUGUUCACGAGGAGAAAUUGUUUUCUUGGCUUGAUCACCAUUUGCAAUGGUUUGUAUAUACUGCUCGUUGAGAUGCGGAGAUGCUUUUCAUUUUCUGAUAGCUGUGGGUUCCAACCAAUUCAAUUUCCUUUAGAAGUAUACUUGAGAAAAAUCAUGGUCACACCUUGAAGCUUCAGAGAUGACGAUCAUUAAUAUCUUGUGUAUCCUGCCCAUCUAAUCUCUUUAGUACAGGCUAUAGGCAACUCUUACAUUCAAAUUUCACUAAAUCCUGUUCAUAGAUUUGCUUAAUGAGCUAUUCUCUUCUUUUUUGGCGAGAGGAGACUAUAUUGAUGAGAGUUUUAUUGUUACUGGCAUACAUAAUCACCAGCUCUGUGGAGGUAUUUGUUUUACAAUAA